AGGCGAGGGCUAUUCAAAAGCACAUCAUUACAGCUCCGCCAGCCUGCAGUGGAAACUUUUGACGAAGUAUAACAUAUUUUCAGCCAACUACAACUGUGUUUUUAAGGAUGAGUUCUGUUGAAGUGAAUGAUGAAAAUCGUGUGGUCUGCCCUGGAGGAAAGCAGAACAGCUCAAUUAAUGACAUUUUUGCCCUGGAUCAGCCGACUGGGAGGCCGUCCAUCCUGCGCCAGACUGAGAAUCUGCCCAGUAAGACCGUGCCAAAGGGGACAAAGGUUUGUUUUCAGACUCCAAGAAGAGAUCCUGUGACUAAAAGAAUCCUGUCUCCUACCAAGUCUGUUAAGAUGACAAGUGUGGAUGAGUGUACAAAAGCGAUGGAGUCCUUAAAUUUGGAUAAAACAAACACUUCACCACAAGAUGCCACUGUGCAGCUUGAUGAGCCCAAACAAGAAAUUUCGUCUUACCCAGAUGAUGAAAUGCCGAUUCAAAGCAAAGGAGGCUAUCAGUUGGAUUUUGACAACCUUGAUGCUAUCAACCCAUUUCAAGGAUCUAAUAAGAUGCUCCUGUCUCCUGCGGGACCUGUUGUCCAGAACCCACCUCCAGCUCAAUCUGAACCUCAGCACACUAAACCAGAGAACAUCUCAGAGGAGCCCACAAAAACAGAAUCAGCACUCGAUGAGACACUUCCAUUCACUCCGUCUGUGGAAAACUCCCUGGUUGACAGCUCUGCAAACAUCAGCUCCACAGACAGCAGUGUCAUCACUGUGCUCAGGGUCCCACCAGUUGAGGAACAAGAAUCCUGUACUGCCACACCUGAUGAAAAACAGCCUGCUGAUACAUCAGCAAAUUUUAAUCAAGGCAAAGGGUCGGGCAGUUUUAUUGAAGAUGCUCCCCUGCCAGCUAAAGGCUCUUACAAUUUGGAUUUUGACAACCUUGAUGUGAUCAAUCCCUUCAAAACCAGUGGCUCUAAAAUUCAGAACUCCCCUGUACUUCAGAGAAAAGCUCCAGAGAAUGACCAGCCUGUGGAGGAGAUCCAGAUAAAGGAAGAUAAAACCACACAUGCCGACAUAGCUGAGGUGGCCAUGGAGGUUCCUGUUCAGCCUGAGAUGAAGCCCAUAGCUGCAGCUGCCCCAAUCUCAGCCAUUGCAGCUAAACCUCCAACUGCUGAGUCCACUUCUCAGGCAGCAGAUGCCCCAGUCAACAGUGGACCAGUCAAACUCGAGUUUAAUUUUGACGAUGGUGGUGAGGUCAAACAGAAGCCUCCACCUAAAAAAUUUGGCAAAAGACCACCUGGUUUAAAACCUAAAGAAAAAAAGGUGCCAUCUGAUGUCAAAGCACCAGAAGAAACUGUAGUGAAGCCUGAAGCAGCUGAUGUACCAGUUCCUAAAGGGUCUUAUACUUUUGACUUUGACAAGUUUGAUGACCCCAACUUCAACCCCUUUGGCACAAAAGCAGAUGUGAAGAACUCUCCAAUGUGCAGCAAGAAAUCCAGCCCUGUGGUCAUGGAAACUUCUGUUGAGGAGCAAACGGAGAGGCCUAUGGAGAAGGAAUCUGUGUCACAAGCAUGUGCUGGAGAGAGCAUCCCAGCUGCUGAACCCAAACCUGAACCAGUGAGAGAAAGCAUUGAAGACAAGGUCGCCUCUGGCCCUAACCAGACAUUUCAGAUUGAAGCUGAACAACCAGCAGAGAUCCUCCCUGAGCAGAAGUCAGAGGCCGAACUCUCAGAAUGGAAUGAGAAUUUUGUUCCUGGAACUGUGUUCAUGGCCAAUGACUUUGAUGGACAGAUUGAUUACCUUGAACAGUUCGGGUCCAGCAGUUUCAAGGAGUCUGCAUUAAGAAAACAGUCGUUGUACCUUAAAUUCGACCCUCUUCUCAGAGAGAGCCCAAAGAAGUCUGCAGGCCUGGCUGCUCAGGCCCCCGUUCCUCGUCCAGCGGCCCUUGUUACACGGCUUGAGACUCCACAGAAGACAGAAAAGACUGCACAAAAGGAUGAUUUCAAAUUGCUGGUUGAUGCUACAGCACCUGCUCCUCCAAUCAUUGAGGGUCUCACCCCUCUUUUCCUCCAGCCAGCGAACACAGAGGAGGCCAUUAUUGAAGUGUUGAAGUACAGUCAGAAAGACAUGGAUGCUGCCAUCGCAAGAGUCCAGGCGCAGGGGAAAGAAAGUGAAGAGCAAUGGAGCACAAAGUAUAAAAAGCUUCAUGAUGAUGGCCAGGAGAUGAGGAAAAUAAUUGCAGAAUUUGAGCUUGUGAUUGCAAAAAUGAUGGCCGAUCAGGAGAAGGAAAGGGAGGUGUCCCAGGCAAAGCUCAACGAAGCUUUGUUAGAGAAGGAGCAGGUGUCCAGCGACCUCAACGCUAUGGAGAGAUCUUUCUCCGACCUUUUUAAAAGACUGGAGAAGUACAAGGAUGUUGUUGAAGGUUACAAAAAGAAUGAGGAGACCCUGAAAGCCUGUGCUCAGGACUAUCUGGCAAGGAUCAAAAAGGAGGAGCAGCGCUAUCAGACUCUGAAAGCUCACGCUGAGGAGAAAAUUACCCAUGCAAAUGCAGAAAUUGCUGAGGUGAGGUCCAAAUACAAGGCUGAGGUGUCUGCACUUCAAGCCCAGCUGCGCCGGGAGCAGCUGAAGGUGCAGUCCCUGGAGAAGAGCCUAGACCAGAAGGAGAAGGAGGCAGAGGAGCUAACCAAACUUUGUGAUGAACUGAUCGGCAAAGUCCAGAGGGGUUGAGCUCAUAUGUAAACACUAUAAAAUACCUUUUCUUCUUUGUUUGUGCCCAGAUCAUUUUCUUGUGCAGCUUUUGUUUGUCUUUAUCAAUGUUCUUAAGAAAACUGUAAGUAAAUAAAGAUGAUUUAUGUGAUUAGA